UGUGAGUUUGCGUGCAUUUAAAAGUCUUUUCAGUUAAAAUGCAAACUUUACGCGAAUUUACGCGUAAAACAAAACGCGGGAACAUACUGAAAAUUGUACGGGAACAUUAUCUUCGCGAUGAUAUCGGAUGCGGCUCAGAUAUCUGUCAACAUUGCUUCCAAAACGAUGUUUACGCCUUGACUGCGGACCACGAUCUCCAAAGUAGUCUCUUCAAAUAUCCACAUUAUCUUGUCCUGGACACAAAUGUGGUACUGGAUCAAAUCGAUGUGCUGGAGGAGGAUGUGCUGCGUAAUGUAAUUAUCCUGACAACGGUUCUGAAUGAAGUGAAGCACAAGAGUUCGUCAAUCUACAAGCGAAUUAAUGAAAUCAUUCAUGAUCGUCGUCGCAACUUUUACGUGUUUGUCAAUGAACAUCACAAGGACACAUAUGCUGACCGCGAACCAGAUGAGACAGCAAACGAUCGCAAUGAUCGCGCCAUACGCAUAGCUACUAAAUGGUACGACAACCAUUUGAAAUCCUCCCAAGUGUCGAAGUCCUUUCAACGAAGUGGUCGGCAAGUGACUCGUGUGGUAUUGUUGACUGACGAUGCUGGAAACCGUGCCAAGGCUGAGGCGGAGGAUAUUUUGGUGGCCACAGCAUCGGAAUAUGUGAAGUCGCUGUCUGAUCAUCCGCUACUAGCGGAUAAAUUGUCGCACAAGACAUUUGCAAAUGAGAAACAGGCUCUGCCACAGUAUCCGCCUCAUUUGAGCUUGCGAGAAAUACUUGAGGGGCUAAAGCAAAAGAAGUUGCUGCAAGGCUCUUUUCAGGCCUCCCGAGAGAAUUACUUGGAAGGUAAUGUCAACGUGGAGCAGUACGAGAAGGGGAUUUUAAUACAAGGGCGUGAGUCUCUCAACCGCGCAGUCGACGGCGACAUCGUAGCUAUUGAGCUAUUGCCCCAAAGCGAAUGGUCAGCUCCCAGUGAAAUUGUAUUAGAGGAAAAGAAUGUCUAUGCAGACGACUUGCCCAGCGAGGAGCGCACGGAAGAGGAGAAGGUCAUGCUUCAGCAGGUGCGCGCUGCAGCUGUUGUCGAUGCUGAACGCACUCCUACUGGUCGUAUUGUAGGCAUUGUUCGACGAAAGUGGCGUCAGUAUUGCGGCAUUUUGCAGCCUAGCCUGAUAGAGGAUACUAGCAGGCAUAUUUUCGUGCCUGCUGAUCGGAAAAUUCCGCGGAUACGGAUAGAGACACGCCAAGCGGCAACGUUGCAAAAUCAACGUAUCAUUGUAACCAUUGAUAAUUGGCCAAGAAAUUCUCGAUAUCCGCAUGGGCACUUUGUGCGCUCUCUGGGUCCCUUGGGUGACAUGAACACUGAAAAUGAAGUCAUAUUGCUGGAGCACGAUGUACCGCAUUGCAAAUUCUCCGAGGAGGUACUGAGUUUUUUGCCAAAAAUGCCUUGGACGAUCACGCCAGAGGAUUAUGCUAAGAGAGUGGAUUUGCGGGACCUGUACAUCUGUUCUGUAGAUCCGCCAGGGUGCACAGAUAUCGACGACGCACUGCAUUGCCGCGAGCUAGAAAAUGGAAAUCUUGAGGUGGGCGUACACAUCGCAGAUGUGAGCCAUUUUAUACGGCCUGGUAAUGCGCUGGACAAGGAGGCUGCUGCCCGCGGUACUACCGUUUAUUUGGUUGGCAAACGCAUUGACAUGGUUCCCGAGCUUUUGAGUUCCAAUCUGUGCUCGCUUGUUGGCGGUGUGGAGCGUUUUGCCUUCUCAUGCGUGUGGGAAAUGGACAAGGAAGCGAAUAUUAUUAAGAAACGCUUUCACAAGAGUGUCAUCAAAUCGAAGCGCGCUAUGACAUACGAAGAGGCCCAGGUUCUGAUCGAUGAUAGCACACAGGAUAACGAAAUUGCCAAGUCGUUGCGUCAUUUGAAUCGUCUAGCUAAGAUUCUGAAAAAACGACGAAUGGACAAUGGCGCGCUAGUAUUGGCAUCCCCAGAGAUUCGGUUCCAGGUGGACAGCGAAACGCAUGAACCACUUGAAGUUGAGGUCAAACAGCUGCGCGAUACCAAUUCCAUGGUCGAGGAGUUUAUGUUGUUGGCAAAUAUAUCCGUGGCGGAGCAUAUUGCUGCCGAAUUUUCAGAGUGCGCGGUGCUGCGUCGCCAUCCAAAACCACCGACAACGAAUUUUGACCCGCUGAUCAAGGCAGCGCGUUACCAGGGCUUUGAAAUCGAAACGGAAACUGGUCUGUCACUGUCCCAUUCGCUGGAUAAAUGUGUGAAGGCGGAUAAUCCGUAUUUCAAUACCAUGAUACGAAUACUGACUACCCGUUGCAUGAUGCAGGCCGUCUAUUUUAUUAGCGGCAGCUUGCAGAAGGAGGAAUUUUUCCACUAUGGGUUAGCUGCGCCGAUUUAUACGCAUUUUACGUCACCUAUUCGACGAUACUCGGACAUUAUGGUGCACCGCUUGCUGGCCGCUUCAAUUGGAGCUGAUAGCACCUAUGCACAGCUGCUUGAACGCAAAUCGAAUGAGGAACUGUGCCACAAUUUGAAUUAUCGUCAUAAAAUGGCGCAAUACGCCGGACGAGCUUCAGUCGGGCUCAACACGCACUUAUUUUUCCGUGGCAAGGAGGAGGAUGAGGAGGGCUAUGUGCUCUUUGUACGUAAAAAUGCUCUGCAAGUACUCAUACCUAAAUAUGGACUGGAGGGUACACUCUAUCUGAAGACCGACAAAGACGGCAAGGAUGGACAUGAGCGAGCGAAGAGCACAGUUGUGUUCACUUUCAGUGAAGAAGAUCAUACGCAGCGUUGUGGAAACGUUGUUUUCCAUUCCUUUGAUCCGGUUACUGUCCGAUUAAGUCUGGACUCGAGCAAUGUGCAACAUGAGAAAUUGGUAUUCCGCUUGGUCAAACCCUAUAUCAAGGGAUUUAGCGUAGAAACAGGAUCGGAGAGUGCCGCCGAUGUUGCUGCUCCGCCACCCACAAAAAAGACUAAGAAGAACCAGAAGAAAAAAUAGCCAACAAAAUAUAAUAAAUGUUCGUAACAUGUAUGAUUGCAAAGAAUAUAAGUACUAUAAUCAGAAAAUUA